AUGACUGCAUCCGCCGACCUUGAGAAUUUUGACGACGACCUUCUCGUUGUUGGUGAUGCUGAUGGCUUCGAACACCUCACUGUAUUUCCCGCGGCCGAGUUUCCGGACGAGCUGCUCGUGGGCGGGGCCCCGCGCGAGGCAGGGAGGCGGGGCCUGGAGAGUGAGCGAGCCCGCGGGCGUUUCCCUGCGCGAGACCGGGGGCGGGUGCUGCGUGAGCUCGUGGGCGUGUUCCUGCGCGUGACGGGGGCGGGGCCCGGCGCGAGCCCGUGGGCGUGGCCCUGCGCGAGACGGGGGGCGGGGCCUGCGCGAGCUCGUGGGCGUGUCCCUGCGCGACACGGGGGGCGGGGCCUGCGCGAGCUCGUGGGCGUGUCCCUGCGCGAGACGGGGGGCGGGGCCCUGCGCGAGGCGGGGGACGGGGCCUGGAGAGCGAGGGAGGUCGGGGGCGUGUCCCUGCGCGAGGCGGGGGGGCGGGGCCGGCGCGAGCUCGUGGGCGGGGCCCUGCGCAAGACGGGGGCGGGGCCCAGCGCCAGCCCGCGGGCGUGGCCCUGCGCGAGGCCGGGGGGCGGGGCCUGGGGAGCUGGUGGGCGUGCCCCUGCGCGAGACCGGGGGCUCGUGCGACGCGAGCUCGUGGGCGGGGCCCUGCGCGAGACGGGGAGCGGGGCCCAGCGCGAGCACGCGGGCGGGUCCCUGCUCGAGCGCGAGCCCGCGGGCGUGUCCCGGCGCGAGGCGGGGGGCGGGGCCUGGAGAGCCCGGCGCGAGCUCGUGGGCGGGGCCCUGCGCGAGACUGGGGGGCGGGGCCUGGAGAGCAAGCGAGACCGGCGGCGGGUGCGGCGCGAGCUCGUGGGCGGGGCCCUGCGCGAGGCGGGGGGCGGGGCCCGGAGAGCGAAAGAGGUCGGGGGCGUGGCCAGGCGCGAGCCGGGGGGCGGGGCCUGGAGAGCCCGGCGCGAGUCCGGGGGCGGGGCCCUGCGCGAGACUGGGCGGCGGGGCCUGGAGAGCAAGCGAGACCGGCGGCGGGUGCGGCGCGAGCUCGUGGGCGGGGCCCUGCGCGAGGCGGGGGGCGGGGCCUGGUAUGCGAGUGAAGUCGUGGGCGGGGCCAGGCGCGAGCCGGGGGGCGUGUCCCUGCGCGAGGCGGGGGGGCGGGGCUUGGAGAGCCCGGCGCGAGCUCGUGGGCGUUUCCCUGCGCAAGACAGGCGGGGGGGCGGGGCCUGGGGGGCGAGGGAGGUCAGGGGCGUGUCCCUGCGCGAGGCGGGGGGGCGGGGCCCGGAGAGCGAGCGAGGUCGGGGGCGUGUCCCUGCGCGAGACCGGCGGCGGGUGCGGCGCGAUCUCGUGGGCGUUUCCCUGCGCAAGACAGGUCGGGGGCGGGGCCUGCGCGAGCUCGGGGGCGGGGCCCUGCGCGAGUCCGGGGGCGGAGCCUGCGCGAGCUCGGGGGCGGGGCCCUGCGCGAGGCGGGGGGCGGGGCCCGGAGAGCGAGGGAGGUCAGGGGCGUGUCCCUGCGCGAGGCGGGGGGGCGGGGCCCGGAGAGCGAGCGAGGUCGGGGGCGUGUCCCUGCGCGAGACCGGCGGCGGGUGCGGCGCGAGCUCGUGGGCGGGGCCCUGCGCGAGGCGGGGGGCGGGGCCUGGAGAGCGAGCGGGGUCGGGGGAGGGGCCAGGCGCGAGCCCGCGGGCGGGUCCCUGCGCGAGGCGGGGGGGGCGGGGCGUGGAGAGCGAGCGAGGUCGGGGGCGGGUGCGGCGCGAGCCGGGGGGCGUGUCCCUGCGCGAGGCGGGGGGCGGGGCCUGUGCCCGGCACGAGUUCGUGGGCGUUUCCCUGCGCAAGACAGGUCGGGGGCGGGGCCUGCGCGAGCUCGUGGGCGUGUCCCUGCGCGAGACCGGCGGCGGGUGCGGCGCGAGCUCGGGGGCGGGGCCCUGCGCGUGGAGGGGGCGGGUCCCUGCGCGAGCCCGCGGGCGGGUCCCUGCGCGAGGCGGGGGGGCGGGGCCUGGAGAGCGAGGGAGGUCAGGGGCGUGUCCUUCCGCGAGCCGGGGGGCGGGGCUCCGGCGCCGCCUACGUCUGCGCGUGCGCGACAAUGGGGCGGCGCGCGGCCCGCGGCUCCCGCCGCCGCUGCCGGCUGAGGCGACAGGCCGCCGUCGUCCGCCCGCCGGUCCUCCGCCCGCCGUCCCUCCCGCCGCCCCGCCUCAGCGUAUGGCGUCCUCCGGCCCGGCCUCCCCGCCGGGGCUCGGCCUCCCCAGGCCCUGGCGGCGGCGGCGGCGGCGGCGGCGGCCGGGGGAGGAGGAGGAGGAAGAAGAGGACGACGACGACGACGCGGCGGCGGCGGCGGCGGCCGUUUACCUCAGCGACGAGGCCUACGAGCUGAGCUCGGCCGAGUCGGGCUCGUCCCUGCGCUUCUACAGCGACGCCGAGGGCGGGCCGGCCGGCAGCUCAUCGUCCCUCUUACUGCAGCCUCCUCCUCCUCCUCCUCCCCUUCCUCCUCCUCCUCCUCCUCCUCCGCCGCCGCCGGGACCGGAGAGGAAGCGGCCGUCGCGGUACGAGGUGGUGACGGAGCUGGGCCCGGAGGAGGUCCGCUGGUUCUUCAGGGAGGACAAGAAGACGUGGAAGCCCUUCAUCGGAUACGACUCCCUGAGGAUCGAGCUGGCCUUCAGGGCGCGCCCGGAGGCCCGCCCGGAGGAGGAGGCGGAGGAGGAAGAGGAGGGGGCGUCCCCCCCGCUCCCGGAGCCCGUGUGCGUCCGCGGGGGGCUGUACGAGGUGGACGUGGCCCACGGCCUGUGCAACCCCGUCUACUGGAACCAAACCGAUAAAAUACCAGUAAUGCGAGGGCAGUGGUUUAUUGACGGUACAUGGCAGCCUUUGGAAGAAGAAGAAAGCAACUUGAUUGAGCAAGAGCAUCUCAGCUGUUUCAAGGGUCAGCAAAUGCAAGAGAAUUUCGAUAUCGAAGUACCAAAACCCUUAGAUGGAAAGGACGGCAGUGGGAUCAACUACUCGGUUGUCUACCACCUCCCUCCCUUCUCCCUUCCUUCUCUGUUCAAAUGGAGAGGAUAUAAGGAGAGUGCAGAUGAUGCAUGUCUUAAAAGAAAGCGUUCCCAAGCUGUUCAUAGUUUUAAGCUGAGCCGCAACCACGUAGAUUGGCACAGUAUGGAUGAAGUUUAUCUGUACAGCGAUGCAACGACAUCAAAAAUUGCAAGAACCGUUACACAAAAGUUGGGUUUCUCAAAAGCUUCAAGUAGCGGAACCAGACUUCACCGAGGCUACGUAGAAGAAGCCACAUUAGAAGACAAGCCCUCGCAGACCACUCACAUUGUGUUUGUCGUGCACGGCAUCGGGCAGAAAAUGGACCAAGGACGAAUAAUCAAAAACACAGCCAUGAUGAGAGAUGCUGCAAGAAAAAUAGAAGAAAAGCACUUUUCCAAUCAUGCAACGCAUGUGGAGUUCCUGCCGGUGGAAUGGCGGUCCAAACUUGCACUUGAUGGAGACACCGUUGAUUCCAUUACUCCCGACAAAGUGCGAGGUUUAAGGGACAUGUUGAACAGCAGCGCGAUGGACAUAAUGUAUUAUACCAGUCCACUUUAUCGAGAUGAACUCGUGAAAGGCCUUCAGCAAGAGCUGAAUCGGUUGUACUCGCUCUUCUGCUCCCGGAACCCGGACUUCGAGGCCAAGGGGGGCAAAGUGUCCAUCGUGUCGCACUCGUUGGGGUGCGUCAUCACCUACGACAUAAUGACCGGGUGGAACCCGGUGCGGCUCUACGAGCAGCUGCUGCGGAAAGAGAGGGAGGAUCCCGCGGGUCGGUGGCUGAGCUUUGAGGAGCGCCAUCUCCUCGACGAGCUGUACAUAACCCAACGGCGGAUGAGAGAAAUAGAAGAGAGGCUGCAGGGGCUGAAGCCUGUAGACACGACCAAAACACCUGCCUUAAAAUUUAAGGUGGAAAACUUUUUCUGCAUGGGGUCCCCCCUGGCCGUCUUCUUGGCCCUGCGGGGCAUCCGACCGGGCACCAGUGGCAGCCAAGACCACAUCCUCCCCCGGGUCAUCUGCAACCGGCUGCUCAACAUUUUCCAUCCCACGGAUCCGGUGGCGUACCGAUUAGAACCAUUAAUUCUGAAGCACUACAGUAACAUCUCCCCCGUCCAGAUCCACUGGUACAACACCACAAACCCUUUACCCUACGAGCACAUGAAGCCAAGCUUUCUCAACCCAGCGAAAGAACCUACCUCAGCCCCAGAAAGCGACAGUCUGUCGAGCAUCCCGAGCCCGGUGACUUCUCCGGUCAUGGCCCGACGACACUACGGGGAAUCCAUCACCAACAUAGGCAAAGCGAGCAUAUUGGGAGCCGCCAGCAUCGGGAAGGGGCUCGGAGGGAUGCUCUUCUCCAGGUUCGGACGGUCCAGUAGCUCCACCUCUUCGCAGUCGUCGGAGACGUCGUCGAAAGAAGGGAUGGAGAGCGGCGAAGACAAGAAGGCUGGCGGGGCCCAGCCCGUCCUCCCAGCCGGCGCACCCCAACCCUUCCCGCACAGCAGCUCUGGCUUCCUGGACUCCACAUAUUUCAGACUCCAAGAAUCGUUCCUUAACCUCCCACAACUUCUUUUCCCGGGAAAUGUAAUGGAGAAUAAAGGCGAUUUCAUCGUGGAACUGGAUCACAGGAUCGACUUUGAGCUCCGAGAAGGCCUGGUGGAGAGCCGGUACUGGUCAGCGGUGACGUCCCACACCGCGUACUGGUCUUCCUUGGACAUCGCCCUUUUUCUUUUAACCUUCAUGUACAAGCACGAGCAAGACGAGGACGAGAAGCGGAGCCUGGAGCCCAUCUGAACUCUUCGAGAGCGCUUCGGUGGCCCAAGACUUCACGUUCGAAAAGCCGCGGGUGGAAAGACCUGGAGGUUGCAGGUUUAACCCGGCUUGGAUUUGAUCUGGUUUCUAAAGAGCAAGCAAACUUGAAUUUAUUUCAGAGCACCGUAGUUGUAUUUGAAGCAUUUUCCGUGCUGAAGAAGUAAAUUCCGAGUUCUUUUUCUCUCCAACGUCAGUACCACAUGUAGCAUCGCACAAAGAACCGUGGGCGAGGAAGGAUUGGGAGACCUUGUAUGGUAGAAAAUCAUAACUACUCUUGGGUUUGUCUAGAGUAUGGAAAUGACCUAGUCGAUGACAUCUAACUUAUUAACAAAAUAUAUGUCGUUACAAACCUUAAACUGCCGCGGUCCUGUUUAUUUGAAUGUAUCAGUAAAUACCGAGGGGUGGUGUUCCUUUCCCUAAACCUUCGUUGAAAUUGUUUCUCCCAGUUCCAAGUGAGAGGCCAGUCUAGCUGCAGGCUUAAAGGGUGUAUUCACUUCAUCUUGUUCUAGAAAAUUAAUGCUUUAAAAGCAAGAAACAAAUGAACUACUGUAUUUAUAUAAUUUAUUACCUCUGACUAACUGUUCCGGUGUAUGAAACAUUACUUUUUUUACUGCUUUCUUUGGGCAUAAUUUAAGAACCACGUUUAUUUUCUACAGCAUUGAGAAACUUUUUCCUCAGAAAGACAUAUCUUUGUAUCCUUCAGAUGAAUAUUUGGACACGGUGGCACACUUUCAGUAUUUUUUUGCAUUAAAAAAGUUUGUGGUUUCACA